UAACACUGCCUUCAUGAGGCCCCUUUCCCCCCCUGCCUUUCACUCAGAUAACAACAUUCCUCUGCAGAAGCAGAAGCUAACAUUUUACACACAGAGGGCUUUGAAACUGUAAACUUCAUCAUGAUUUUUCAGACACUUUUUGAGUGUAUGGACUUCCCUGGCUGGCUGUUGUUCAGUUUCUUUCUUUUACUUGUGGUUGAUGUGGUCAAAAACUGGAGGCCACACAGUUUUCCACCAGGACCCUGGGCUGUGCCUUUUCUAGGAAAUAUUUUCACUGGAGUGGACUACAAAACAAUGGAGAAGCUUUCUGCGGAGUAUGGGCCAGUGUUAAGUCUGAGGAGAGGCAGUGAGAGGAUGGUGUUUAUUUCAGGAUAUAAGAUGGUCAAAGAGGCUCUCGUCAACCAGCUCGACAGCUUCGUCGACCGACCUAUCGUCCCUCUCUUCCAUGUUGUCUUCAAAGGCAUUGGAAUAGCUUUGAGCAAUGGUUACCUGUGGAAGAAACAGAGGAAGUUUGCCAACACUCACCUGCGUUACUUUGGAGAGGGCCAGAAGUCGUUGGAAAAUUACAUUCAAGUGGAAAACAACUUCCUCUGUGAAGCUUUCAAAGAAGAACAAGGCAAACCAUUCAACCCUCACUUCACCCUAACAAACGCAGUGAGUAACAUCAUCUCCUCCGUGAUCUUCGGACAUCGAUUUGAAUACAGUGAUCGAAGCUUUCGGAAGGUUCUGGAGUUGGACAAUGAUGCUGUCCUGCUCGCUGGCUCUCCUCGGACCCAGCUGUAUGACGUCUUCCCUGGACUGAUGAAGCACCUGCCAGGCCCUCACCAGACUGUCCAUGCUAACUACAGGGAGAUCAUGAACUUCCUGAAGGAGGAGGUGGAGAAGCACAAGGAGGAGUGGAACCCUGAUGACCCUCGAGAUUUCAUUGAUGUCUACCUGGCAGAGAUGGAAAAGAAAAAGGAAGAUCCUCAGGCUGGCUUCAACAUGGAAACCCUUCUGGUUUGCAUUCUGGACCUGAUUGAGGCCGGUACAGAAACAGCUGCAACCACUUUACGCUGGGCCCUCGUGUACAUGAUGAACUACCCUGAAAUACAGGAGAAAGUCCAGUCAGAGAUCGACCGGGUGAUCGGACAGUCUCGUCAGCCCACCCUCGCUGACAGACCCAGCAUGCCUUUUACCGAUGCCGUCAUCCAUGAGACUCAAAGGUUUGGAAAUAUUGUCCCCUUGGGAUUUCCAAAAAUGGCCAGUAAAGAUACAACACUGGGAGGAUACUUUAUACCAAAGGGGACAGCCAUCUCUACAAUUCUGGCGUCUGUGCUGUUUGAUAAGAGCAAGUGGGCGACUCCAGAUGUCUUUAAUCCUGAACACUUCCUGGAUUCACACGGACAGUUUCGCAGAAGAGAGGCCUUCUUACCAUUUUCAACAGGUAAACGGGUGUGUUUAGGGGAGCCACUGGCCAAAAUGGAGCUGUUCCUUUUCUUUACAUCUCUGCUCCAACGCUUCACCUUCUCUCCACUUCCUGGAGAAAUGCCGAGUUUGGAGGGCGUGGAGGGCUUCACCAAUUCUCCCGCCAAGUUCAGGACGCUCGCUGUGCCUCGCUGAUUUUCUCCAUUGUUUCUGAAAUGAUCUUCCAUGAAUGAUGAUUUUUACAUCUUAAGUUUUCACCACCAUAAUAAAAAAAAAACAGGUAUAGAACAUUUUCAUGGCUGAUUUUUGUUGUGAGAGAUUCACAAUAAGAAACACAAUUUUAUGAUCCUAAAUAACAGCUCUCUAAUUAUAUUCCUGCUCUUACACAAUAGAUACAUCUCAUGUUAUAUAGAUGCACAAAUAUAACCUUUGUAUAACACUGGGGCUCUUACCAAUCUGGGUCUCUGAUUAUUUUAAAUAUAUGGUCAGGGGCGCUGGUGGUGCAGUGG